AUGCUUACAAACAACCUGUUGCUAUGAAAAACACAGAGACACAAGUCGCUGCUGUCUUAUAAGAUGACAAAAUAAUAUCAUACCUCCUUUACUACAUAUAAAGUAGCCUAUAUAAACGUACACUCUACGUUUAUAAUAAGCUAUUUAUGAAGAAGGACUUAACUACAACGUUGUAUUUAAAAUAACCAUAAAACGUCAAACAAAGUGAUGCCUUCUCCUGAGUCAAUGUACUGCGGCCAGCAGAUCAACGGACCUCCAGAACUGCCUGAUAUUUUAAAGCAGUUCACAAAAACUGCCAUCAAGACACAGCCACAUGAUGUGCUGCAAUGGGCAACUGACUAUUUUUCAGCAUUAUCAAAAGGUCAGGACCUACCAGUCAAAGAGAGGCUGGAAAUGCCAGUAGCAACUCAGAAAACAGACACAGGACUUACACCAGGCCUUCUAAAGAGCCUUCAUCAACAGUUUGCACCCAAAGAAAUCAUUACAAAAGAGGAGCUUCUUCAGAAGUGGAAAGGCAUGUGCUUGCCUAUUGAACAGCUUGACACAAUCCUGGCUCUUGGCAACUUCAGUGAAAAUAUCAAUAGGAUGCAGUUUUUUGCUUUAGGAUGCAGCGCUUUGGGCGGGACCAUCACAAGUGCUUUGAAACAUGCUUGUGAAAUACUCACGGAAGACCCUGAGGGUGGUGCAGCCCAGAUUCCUUUCAACACAUUUCAGAGUCUCUACACAUACUUGGCCCAUCUGGAUGGAGAAAUUCCUAAAGAACAGAUCAACAGCUUCUUGCAUAGUUUAGAGGAAGAAUGCCAAGGAGGAAUGGUGCAACCUUCAAAUUUUACAAGCCUCCACAAUGCUGAGUAAAACCCAGUACAAAUGAUCUUCAGGUUGUGAUAUCUCAACAUGCUUGAAAACUAUUGAUCCUUGUUACUGUGUCUUGUGUUUGCUCUCUUUAUCCUUAUAUUGUGAUGUGAUUUGAUUAUUUAACCCAAAUAAAUCCUUGAAUUUCAAAUCUA